AAUUUUCCUUCUUUACUGUUUCUCACACCUUCCUCAGUUUUCAAAUUGUUACCCCAUCCCGCUCACACUUUCCUCUCUCUCUCUUUCAGUCUCUCUCAGCUCAGGCUCUCCUUUCUCUCAGAGCUUACAACACAGAUUCAGGUUACAUUGACUGGUUCCAUUUAAUGUGGUGGGCUGUUCGUCUCUCAGUCCAGCAAAUAUGAAGAGACAGAAUCUGGCCACUGCAAAUGUGAAGGAGUUUCCUGGCCGCAUAACACGUGCUCGAGCUGCUUCAUUAGAUACAUCCAGACAGUUUCCCCCAUUAAAAGCAUGCACACAACCCAAGCAGCAGAGUCAGAAGCCGGCUUUGCGUGCGAAUCCAAAGAGAGCUUCUGUGGAUGAGAACAAUGAGAAUGAGGCUGGUAACGCAUGCGUCCAGCAUAAGAGGAGGGCAGUGCUUCAGGAUGUAACCAAUGCUUUCUGUAAACCUUCAUAUGGGGACUGCUUCAAUGCAACUAAAGUUCAGGCUAAGAAAAGAAAGCCAGCUAAAAGAGGUCAGGCAAGGGUCACAAAAUUGACCCCUUCGAUUUCUGUAGAUUUGAAAACGGAGGUUGUGCAUGAAACAGUAAAAACAGAACUUACAUCGGACAGAUUUAUGCAUUCAAUGAAUUUGGAAGAUGGUGACAAACUUUUUCAUUCGGCUGCCUUAAGUGGGGAUGCUAUUGCUAUCCAUCAGUUGGAACAUCAGAGUUCUGAAGUGGAUUCAAAAGUCCAAAGUUGUCCUAAUAAAGCAGACAUUGGUAACCUUUUGAUGAACAUGAUCACAUUGAGUAACCCGGAUAUUGUUGACAUUGAUGCUGGUCACAAGGAUCCUCAAUUGUGUAGCCUCUAUGCCCCUGAUAUCUAUAACAACUUACGUGUUGCAGAGCUUUCCCGAAGGCCAUUUCCUAGUUUUAUGGAAACGACACAACGCGAUAUCACCACAAGUAUGCGGGGUAUUUUAAUAGAUUGGCUAGUGGAGGUGUCAGAGGAAUAUAAGUUGGUGCCAGAUACCCUUUACCUCACAGUAUAUCUGAUAGAUUGGUUUCUCUCCAAGAAUUACAUUGAAAGACACAGACUUCAACUGCUUGGCAUCACUUGCAUGCUGAUUGCCUCGAAAUAUGAAGAAAUUUGUGCACCACGUUUGGAUGAAUUUUGUUUCAUGACAGACAACACUUACACGAAAGAGGAUGUAUUGCAAAUGGAGAAUCAAGUCUUGAAGUACUUAGGCUUUCAGCUUUUUGCACCAACAGCAAAAAGUUUCCUCAGGAGAUUUCUUUUAGCAGCACAAGCUUCUUAUAAGAGCCCUAGCCUUGAGCUGGAGUACUUGGCCAAUUAUCUUGCCGAGCUAGCAUUGGUUGACUAUGGCUUUUUGAAGUUCCUACCUUCAAUGAUUGCUGCAUCAGCUGUGUUUCUAUCCAAAUGGACCUUAGACCAGUCUAGUCACCCAUGGAAUCCAAUCCUAGAACACUAUACCUCUUACAAGCCAUCAGAUUUGAAGAUUCCAGUUCUUGCUUUGCAAGAUUUGCAAUUGAACACAAAUGGCUGUCCUCUGAGUGCUGUACGAAUGAAGUAUAAGCAACUGAAGUUUAAAUCCAUCGCGGCUUUAUCAUCCCCAAAGCUUCCUAAACACUAUUUUGAAGACAAGUUUCAAGGGACAACUAACAGCUACUGAGAUUCAUGUACUUUUCGGAAGAAGUUUCCUCUGGAUUUUGUCAAUCAUUCCAUGAGGUUGUACCUGAUGUCUCCUUUCCAUUUAUAUUCAUUUUUUUGCCCAGUUUCUUGAUUUCUUGUUUAUAGAUUUUCUGACCCGGGUUUGUGCUUCAUCCAACCUGUGUCUUAACUAGGGAUGUAUGGCCACUAGGUAUCGAACUUGGAUAGAUAACUUGUUAAUAAAUUUAGCACGUAAUUGAGAUGUGACCACGGUUUAAUUGAGUUGUAAAGUAUUCACGACCGUAAUUACUGAAAUGUAAUUUUUGCUUCCAAAGCCUUAAAAUCUAUAUUAACCAAUUUUUAUU